UAAAGGCUGCAGAACGCUUUACAGCGGCUGCAGAGUCAUUUUACGGUGGGGCGUUGAGGGUCCGAACGCAGCAGUACCGCAGAAAUGGUUGACGCAUUUCUAGGAAAAUGGGUCUUAGUCAAAACGGAAAAUUUUGACGCCUACAUGGUUCAAAUAGGAGUGGGAAUGGCACUAAGGAACUUGGCUAAAAUGGCUAAACCCACGACUACAAUUACCAAGGACGGCGAUACAAUCACCAUUGCAACCGACAGCACGAUGAAAAGCACAAAGAUUCAUUUCAAAUUCGGGGAGGAAUUUGAUGAGACCACAGCUGACAGUAGGAAAACCAAGACUACAGUGGUAUUGGAUAAUGGCAAAAUGAUCCAAACACAACGAUGGGAUGGAAAAGAAACAACCCUGGUUAGAGAACUGAUUGAUGAUAAACUAAUAUUGACUUGUACGAUGGGAGAUGUGGUGUGCACAAGAACCUAUCAGAAGGGGAAUUGUUGAUCUGGAACAAGGAUUAGAUUGGCUCUUUUUCAGUGAUCCACACUUGCUGCUUUUCUACUGGAGUUUCCCCUCAGUAUUUUGUAUAACUAGGACUGUUCUUUUUCAUGGCAUUUUUUGGUUACAUUUUGUAGCCUUGAACUGUUUUUUAAAAAAGUAAACUUCAUGGAUUAUACUAAGAUUUUAUAUGAUUUUGAAAACAAAUAUAAUUGAGUACAUUCCUUGAUAUACUUUCAUUAUGGAGGCAUUAAACAUUUAGAAUCUGAAAUGGUAUGAUCAAACAUGGUUCCAUGACCUUUAUGCUAAUUAGAAAUUAUCUUGUAAUGUUCUUCAUAGAAAAUAACCUUAAUUUUGGAUAUAAUCAUAGUAAUAUGAAGGGUUUUAACUCUAGGAAAAAAGAAAUGUGUAAUUUCUCAAGGCUAUGCAAGGUGUUCCCAGGUACAUAUGAUUAAGCAUUUUGCUCAAUACUGGGCAAUUAAGAUGUCAAGCAUUACUUAGCCUCUUAAUUGUUCAAUUGCCAUGUAUGUUUACAAAUACAAAUUGUACAUUGCUCACUGUUACAACAUUUGCCUGCCUGAAAUUCUGAUUUCCAAAGUUAUGGCAACCCUUGCAAUUUUUCAGUAUUAUGCAAGUUAAUAAACAAUAGAGCUGAUGUACAAAAAGAAUGGUCCUGUGUACAAAUGGUGAAAAAAAACACAUUUAUGCAGCUUUAAUAAAAUUUAUGAACAAAGCAA